AUGGAUAAUAAAGAAAGAGAAAAAAAAAGCUUUUUGAAAAAUUGGAAUAUUAAUUAUUUAUCAAAUAAUUUUAAUAAUUUUAUGAAAAAUAACGAUAAUAACAACAUUAAUAAAAAUGCUAAUUUCGAUGAUUAUAAAAUAAAUGAUUUUGAUAAUAAUAAUUUAACAAAUGAAAAAGAAAUAAAUUCAUCAAAUAUAAAUGUUAGUAAAAAUUUAUCAUUUAAUUAUUUCAAUAGAGAAUCAAAUAACGGUCAAAAUUUGAAGAAUUCAAAUAAUUCAACAAAUAAUUCUUAUACAAAUAAUAAACCUUCAUCAUAUUUAGAUUUUUGUGAUUCUUGGAAUAAAUUUAAGUUUAAGAAUAUAAGUACAAAUUUAAGUAAUAAAAUGAAAUGUAAUGGUAAUAAUGACGUGAAAGAUAAGAACAACGAAAAUAAUAACCAAGGAAAUAAUCAAAACAAUAAUAAUAACAACAGUGAUAAUAAUAAUAAUAAUAGUAAUCAUAAUAAUAAUAAUAGUAAUCAUAAUAAUAAUAAUAAUAGUAAUAAUCAUAAUAACAAUAAUAAUAAUAAUAAUAAUAAUGAUGAUGAUAAUAAUAACAAUAAUUUUUAUAAGACGAAUAUAUCAUCUUCUUCCUCGUCUUCAUCUCUUUCUUCAUCGUCCAUUUCUUCUUUUCUUUCAUCAGAUCCUUUUUCAGCUAAUAAUCCGAAAAUAAGACAUAAAUGCAAAAAAAAAAAUAAAAAUAUUCGCAAUAAUUUUACAAAUAAUAGUAACAAUAAUAAUAGAAGAAAUGGUAAUAAUAACAAUAAUAGCAUGCAUAAUAGCAGUAUUAAUAAUAAUGAUAAUAAUAAUAAUAAUGAUGUUAAUACUGAUAACAUAAAUAAUCUAAAUUUAAGAAAUGAAAAUGAAAAUAAUGAAUAUUAUAAUAUAAAUACUGGAGAAAAUAAUAUAAAUUCUUCAAGUAAUUUAAUAAAUAACUCUCAUAUAUUAUCUAAUAAUCAAAAUGAUAUAAAUGCUAAUUUAAAUGAUGCUAAUAAUAAUAAUAAUAACACAAAUAACUGUGAAACUAAUAGUAGUUCGAAUUACAAUUUUCUUAAUAAAAAUUCAGGUAACAAAAGAAAUUAUGCAUCUAACAGUAAUUGGGAUUAUAAUGAAACAAGUAAGAAUAUCAAUUAUUACAUACAUGAUGAAAAUACAAAUUCAUUAAAUAGUAACAAAAAUAGUAUGAAUAAUGAAAAUCAUAAUAAGCAAAUUAAAAAAGGAAAGGAUGCUAAAGAGAACAAUGAUAAUAAAAAGAAUGAACAAGAAAAAAAAAAUACAAAUAUAAAUAUGGAAAUGUUAAAUCCUGAAGAAAGGAAAAGAGAAGCUGAAAAAUAUAAAGUAUUAGGUAACCAAAGUUAUAAAUUAGGUUAUUUUGAAUCAGCCAUUGAUUAUUAUACAAAAGCAAUCCAAUACGAUAAUACCAAUCACGUUUAUUACACUAAUAGAGCAUUGUGUUAUAAAAAACAAAAAUUAUGGAAACUGGCUAAUAUUGAUGCAAGACAAGCAUUAAAUUUAGAAGAAGAAUCAGUCAAAGCUCAUUUCAUCCUAGGAUUAACACUAUUACAUUUAAAUAGCUUAGAAGAAGGUUUAAAAAAAUUAACUAAAGCUAAAACAUUAUCAAGUUAUUUAAAGGAUUCUAAUGAAAGUGAAAUAAAUAGAUAUAUUUUACAAGCUAAAAAAUUAAUAUAUCUACGUGAUGAACAAAAUAAGCAGUUAACAUAUACAGAAUUACAAUCAUUUUUAAUAGAUAAAAUUAAUUUAUUAAAUCAAAUUGGGUAUAUAACUCAAGAUGAAAAAAAUUUAAGAAUUCAACAAACAGAAAGUUUAUUUAAAGAAAUAUUAGAAUCUUUUCAAAAAAAACAAAUACCUGAUUAUUUAUGUUGUAAAAUAUCAAUGUGCUUAAUGAAUGAGCCUGUCAUAACUCCUAGUGGAAUGACUUAUGAUAAAAUAUUCUUACAUGAACAUGUCAAACAUAAUGGUUCUUUUGAUCCAGUUAGUCGAGAACAAUUUUCGAUUCGUGAAGUAAUCCCAAAUUAUGCUAUUAAAGAAGCUACCGAACAUUUUUUAAAAACAAAUCCAUGGGCUUUUGAAGAAUAA